AUGGUUAGCCCCAGAGCAGCGAAUCUCGCACGCAACGGGCGAAGCUUCGACUCCUGCCUGUCGCGAUCGCUCCUUCCCUUUGCCAGCGUGCCUCUCCCCCACCACCAGGACCUCUGCCGCCGCCGCGAGGUCGCCCACCGACAGUCGACAGCCUGCAUCGCCCACCGCCGUCUGGCCUGCCUGGAGAGCGUCCCGGCGAGAGCCAAGCGCCGCCCGUCCCCGCCCAACACUGGAGCCAUCGUCGCACAUCGAGUCCCGCCCCCGGUGCCACGACACGACACGCAGCACCGACCACGUCUUGUCACAGCGAGCGACUACUGUGCGCCCUGCCGCCUACAUAGCUGCCCGCCCGUCCGCUCAGGCAAACUCGGUCGCAUCGCGAAUGCUGGCCUAACCACUGCGUCCUGGUGCACCCCCUCGCCCACACAGCUAGUCGACACUGGCGUCCAUUCGUUUCUCGACAUUCACUCCCUAGCAUUCGCACCACUGCAUCCAUUGACUGGACUUUCGACCCGGCUGCCGCCACUCGUCCGUUCCUUUUGCAUCCAACUGCCCACACUCACUUGA